AUGCUUGCUUCCCCAGCACGCUUCGCCUUCAUCUUUCUCCUCUGCCAGCUCACAGGGCCAGCAGCCUCUGGAGUACUGAAGAAGCUAGUUGGUGCCCUUGGUGGGUCUGUGACUUUCCCACUGAAUCUCUCAGUAGAUCCAAUUGACAGCAUUAUCUGGGUCUUCAACACAACCACUCUCGUCACCAUACAGCCAAAGUUGGCAGACAAAAAAGCCGUUAUCAUAGUGACCCAACAUCGUAACAAGGAAAGGGUGAAUUUCCCACAUGAAGGCUACUCCCUGAGGCUCAGCAAACUGAAGAAGAAUGACUCAGGUGUCUACCGUGUGGAGAUAUACAGCUCAACCCUCCAGGAUCCCCUCACCCAGGAGUAUGAGCUGCGUGUCUAUGAGCACCUGUCAAAGCCCAAAGUCAUCAUAGGUCUGCAGAACAAUAAGAAUGGCACAUGUGUAACCAAUCUGACAUGUUCCAUGGAACAGGGAGGAGAGGAUGUAACUUACAGCUGGAAGUCCCUGGGACAGGCGACCAAUGAGUCUCAUAGUGGCUCCAUCCUCCCCAUAUCCUGGAGGCAGGAGAAAAGGGACAUGACCUUCAUCUGCAUGGCCAGAAACCCCAUCAGCAGCAAUUCCUCAAACCCCAUCUUUGCCUGGAACCUCUGUGAAGGUGCUGCUGGUGGCCUGGCUACCUCUGUGAUCCUCAAACUCCUGUUGUCACUCAUCCUGCUCUGUUUCAUUGCACUGGUGCUAAUUAUUUUGAUCAUACGAAGAGAAAGAAGAAAAGAGUUCAUUGAAGAGAAGAAGGGACUGAACCUUCAUCCAGAAACUCUUAACUACUCCCCCGCUUUUGAAGAGACCUCGGAGUAUGACAUAAUCUCUUACUUUAAUAGCACUAUACCAGAGGAAAAUGCAGUAAAUACACUUUAUUCCACUGUGAAAAUACCCGCAAAGGUGGAGAAAUCCCACUCACUGCCCACGUUGCCAGACACACCAAGGCAAUUUACCCAUGAGAAUGUCAUCUAA